AUGAGGCCGGCAGAUAUCCAUAAGACGGCGUUCCGCACUCAUGACAGACUCUACGAGUUCUUGGUCAUGUUGUUUGGUCUCUCAAGUCCUGGGCUGAGCAUCUUCGGCACCUUCGCGUCGUCCUCACCGAACUGCAUCGCCAUCGCCUCUUCAUCAAGCGCCAAGUGCGCUUUCGCCGUCAACUCCGUCUCCUACCUCGGCCACGUCAUAUCAGAGGCAGGCGUCGCCAUGGACCCGGCCAAGGUCCAAGCUGUUCGUGAGUGGCCGGUUCCUCGUUCGGCGCAUGCUGUAUGCGGUUUUCUUGGGCUGGCGGGCUACUACCGCAAAUUCAUCCACAACUACAGCUCCGUCACGGCACCUCUUACCGCUCUCCUCAAGAAGGACGGCUUCUCUUGGGGCGAGCAGGCUGCGGCGGCUUUCGAGGCUCUCAAGACCGCAGUCACCACGACGCCUAUCCUCGCCAUGCCAGACAUCACCAAGGUGUUUGUGGUGGAGUGCGACGCUUCGUCCCACGGCUUCGGGGCAGUGCUCGUACAGGAGGGGCACCCAGUGGCGUUCUUUAGCCGCCUAGUAGCCCCUCGUCACCACGCUCUCGCUGCAUAUGAGCACGAACUUAUUGGCUUGGUCCAGGUGGUGGAGUACAAGCCGGGCGCAGCGAACGCCAUCGCGGACGCACUGUCCCGCUGCGACACGGCUAACGGGGCGCUGCUCACCCUCUCGGCCCCGUGUUUCGACUUCCUCGACCGACUCCGUCAAGCACAAGCCACCGACCCUGCUCUUGUGGCUCUACGUGAUGACAUCGCCACCGGCUCUCGUGGACUGCCAUGGGCCACAGUGGACGACAUUGUCCAGUUUGCUGGGCGCCUGUUGUUGGGUGGUGUAGGACCUUGUUCGCACGUGCGGGGUUUGUCAGCGACAGAUGUGGCGCUCGACUUCGUGGAGGCGCUGCCCCGCGUCCAUGGGAAGUCCGUGAUCCUCACCAAGGUGUUCUUCACCGACAUCGUCCGACUACAUGGCGUUCCUCAGUCGAUGGUGUCAGAUCAGGACCCCGUCUUCAUGUCCAACUUCUGGCAUGAACUCAUGCGCCUGUUGGGGACAAAGCUCCACAUGACGACAACAUUCCAUCCUCAGUCCGACGGCCAGUUCGAGGCGGCUAACCGUGUCAUCAUCAUGUACCUGUGGUGCCUCACUGGGGACAAACUGCGGCAGCGGGCGACGUCUUCCCUUCCCCAGGCUACCACCGGCAAGCUCAAGCUACGCUUCUUCGGCCCCUACCGCAUCACCGAGCUCAUCAACGACGUCACCGUCCGCCUCGACUUGCCACCCCACGCCCGCAUCCAUGAUGUCUUUCAUGUUGGCCUGCUCAAGAAGUUCUAG